AUGCAGGCACGCGGAAGUUCUAAUUCUCCUUACUCUAUAUAUGACCAAUUGUCGUUUUCAGAUGAUUUGUUUGAUGAAGAGGAUCUAAAUAAAAGUCACAAAGAGAAAAUUGGAAUAGUGAGAAGAACCAUUUCUGAACUCGACGAGGAAUACGGAAUCCUGAGUUUAAUAGACGUUGUCUGGAAUCACACCGCUUCUAAUAGUAAAUGGAUUGGAGAACAUCCGGAGGCCUUUUAUAACUUGGUGAACUCUCCACAUCUCAUACCCGCCUAUGAAUUGGACAAGGCCUUCUUCGAAUAUUCAAAAAAUCUAUCCUCACUCGGGCUUCCGACCCGCGUAAACUCGGAAUCUGAUCUGAACACGAUCAUCGACGGUGCAAGGAGUCACGUGAUACAAAAGAUGAGACUGUGGGAGUUCUACGUUAUUGACGUUAAGGAAGCUUUGGAAGAGUAUAAAGAAUCUUUGGGAAAAGAUGCUCCCGUUGGCGAAAAUUUGUUCAAGGACAUCGAUGUUGCCGCACUUCCUAUUAGGGCGCAGGCAAAUCUGUUGAGUGAGAAGGGUCUCUUCGAAAAGUCACCUUACGGUCAUAGGUUUCAUAAAAAGAUUGACGUCGAUGUGGCAAGAGCGUUCAUAGAUCGGUUGAUUGACAGCGUGCCUGUUAACGAAUACACCAUGGAAGUCGAAGAAACAUAUGUCCCGACGGAGGAAGAAUUAAAAUCAUAUCAGGAUUCUGAUCUAACCAAUGGCGAUAGCAAAAAGAAGGAGAUCAGAAAUGAAAGAUCCGAAGAAAAGAGAUCGACUUUCUCGCUUGAGUCCAUCACGGCCCGACCUACUCUUGUCAAGACGCCAUCAAGAAGUUCCAGCACAAAGCUACAAAAGGAGGAUACCGAGAAGAGGCAAGAGAAGUCGGAUGACAAUGAAUCGUCGUCAUUUGAGACCGAAUCGAAAGAUGCCUCCACCAAGGUUGAAGUAACCGAGACAAAGUUAGACAAUGGUGGCUCGUCGUUCGAGACCGAUUUGAAGGAUGCAUCCACCAAGGUUGAAUCGAUUUCAAUCUCCACAGGAACACCCCCCUCGGAAAGCAUUCUUUCCGAAGCAGAAGAAAUUCCCGUUGAGAAAUUAGUUACACCUACUGCCAUCAAACCAAGGGUCCGUCGCGUCAAAGUUACAUUGUCACCAAAUGAAGUUAAAAUGAAGAAGCUUGAGGCGAUUAUCAACGAAAUUAAUUUGCCAUUUUACAAGGAAUAUGAUAAGGACUCUGCAAUAAUCCUCGAAAAUGUGAAGAAUCGUCUUAGAUACCUGAGACUCGACCCGAAGGGCCCGAAACAGGGAACACUUGCAGUCGCAAACAAUGGUUGGAUAUGGAAUGCUGAUCCCCUGAAAGACUUCGCUGGCAGCGAUUCGCGUGCUUAUCUGAGAAGGGAAGUGAUAGUUUGGGGUGAUUGUGCCAAGUUGCGAUAUGGUAGAGGAAGGGAGGAUUCACCCUGGCUCUGGGAUCACAUGAGGCAAUAUACCGAACAACUUGCAUCAUUGUUUCAUGGAUUUCGCAUUGACAAUUGUCAUUCUACGCCGAUUCAUGUUGGCACCUAUCUUCUUGAUGCGGCUCGUUCCAUCCGACCAAAUCUCUAUGUCAUUGCUGAAUUAUUUACCGGUUCCGAGGAAGCCGAUAUCAAAUUUAUGCGAGAGAUGGGCAUCAAUUCACUUAUUAGAGAAUCCAUGCAAGCGUGGGAUCCACGCGAAUUUAGCAGAUUGAUUCAUAGGCACGGAGAAAAGCCUGUUGUUGAUCUAAUGUCACUUAUAUCGCCUGCUAAUUACAAAGGAUCCAUGGACGUGGAACAUCUGACAGACAUAACUACCUGUACAGGCAUUGAUGGAUUGUCGGACACCCCUUGUAUUGUUUUCCCUGUUCCAGGGUCUAGUCCCCAUGCGCUUUUUAUGGACUGCACCCACGACAAUCCGACUCCUCACCAAAAACGCACGGCCGAGGAUACUCUAUCGAAUGGAGCUCUUGUCACUAUGAGUUCCUGUGCCAUCGGGAGUGUGAAAGGUUAUGAUGAAGUUUACCCGCAAUUGGUUGAUUUGGUCAAGGAAACGAGACAAUACGAACUAUACGAGAGACCUCUUGAUGUUGGCAUCUGUCGAGGCAAGUUACAUACAUAG